UUUGUCAAUCAAUCUGUGACUCACUUCAGAUUUUACUGACGGAUUUUUAUUGAUAAAUUCGUGGUGUUCCUUUUUCCAAUCCAAAGUGUUUUCUAGAGGUAUUUUUAAAGCUCUUUUUGAUAUCGAAGCUUAAUACCCUCGGAAUUCACCAUGGCUUUGAAAGCACAAGUUGGUCAGAAGAUAAUGAAUGAGGUCAUUAAACAAAAAGCUCCUAAAAAGGGAAAUCAACCACCAGGUCAUGGAGUUGAGUGGAGGGUUCUUAUCGUAGAUCAACUCGCGAUGAGAAUGGUUUCUGCCUGUUGUAAGAUGCAUGAUUUAUCAGCUGAAGGAAUAACACUUGUAGAAGAUAUUAAUAAAAAAAGAGAACCGCUGACAACAAUGGAAGGUGUUUAUCUUAUAACUCCUUCUCAAAAGUCUGUCAAUGCCCUAAUGAGAGAUUAUGAGGGUCCUAGGCUAAUGUACAAAGCUGCUCAUGUAUAUUUCACUGAGGUUUGUCCUGAAGAAUUGUUUAAUGAGCUAUGCAAGUCAGCUGCCGCAAAGAAAAUUAAGACCUUGAAAGAAAUCAAUAUUGCAUUUUUACCAUAUGAAUCACAAGUAUUUUCGUUAGAUUCGCCAGACACAUUCCAAUGCAGUUAUGACCCAACAUUUGCUGCUGCUCGCAAUGCAAAUAUGGAGAGAAUGGCAGAACAAAUUGCAACACUAUGUGCCACACUUGGCGAAUAUCCUUCAGUACGGUAUCGUGCAGACUGGGAAAGGAAUGUUGAACUAGCUCAGCUGAUACAACAAAAGCUUGAUGCUUAUAAGGCUGAUGAGCCAACCAUGGGAGAAGGUCCUGAGAAAGCACGAUCCCAGUUGUUGAUUUUGGACAGGGGAUUUGAUUGUAUAUCACCACUAUUACAUGAGUUAACAUUCCAGGCGAUGGCUUACGAUUUACUGCCAAUCGAAAACGAUGUGUACAAGUACGAGGCUUCUGCUGGGGUCCAGAAAGAUGUUCUUCUGGACGAAAACGAUGAACUUUGGGUAGAUCUACGCCACCAACAUAUCGCCGUAGUCUCUCAGAACGUUACCAAGAAUUUGAAGAAAUUCACUGACUCUAAAAGGAUGACCGCCAGUGAUAAGCAAUCAAUGAAAGAUCUUUCACAGAUGAUCAAGAAAAUGCCUCAGUACCAGAAGGAAUUGUCCAAGUAUGCCACGCAUCUACAUCUUGCUGAGGAUUGCAUGAAGGCUUAUCAGACAUAUGUUGAUAAACUGUGUAAAGUAGAACAGGACCUGGCCAUGGGAACUGAUGCUGAAGGAGAAAAAAUCAAAGACCACAUGCGCAACAUCGUUCCCAUCCUUUUGGAUCCUAAGAUUGAUAAUGAAUACGACAAGAUGCGUAUCAUAGCCCUUUACGCCAUGACCAAGAACGGCAUAACUGAUGAAAACCUGUCAAAACUGGCUACUCACGCGCAGAUCAAAGAUAAACAGACCAUAGCGAACCUCCAGCUGCUGGGCGUGAACGUGCUGAGCGACGUAGGUGUCAGAAAACCGAAGCAAUACACUGUACCCCGUAAGGAAAGGAUCACUGAACAGACCUACCAGAUGUCUAGGUGGACCCCAGUCAUUAAGGACAUCAUGGAGGACUGCAUUGAGGACAAGUUGGAUCACAAGCAUUUCCCUUUCUUGGCAGGUAGAGCUCAGACCUCCGGAUACCAUGCGCCAAGCAGCGCUAGGUAUGGACAGUGGCACAAGGAUAGAGGCCAACAGACUGUUAAGAAUGUUCCACGCCUUCUAGUGUUCAUUGUAGGAGGGAUGAGUUUCUCCGAAGUACGAUGUGCUUACGAAGUGACAGCGGCUGUCAAAAAUUGGGAGGUUAUUAUUGGAUCUUCUCACAUUUUAACACCAGAAGGCUUCCUAAGUGACCUAGCUACUUUAACUGGGUAGAAAUCGAGUAAGAAAAAUGUUACAUUUACCCUUGAUACAGAUUAAUCAAAUGUGUUGUUGUCUUUGAAUAUAUUCCAGGCAUAUAAAGACCAAAGAGGAGUUACCAUUUCUGUUUGUGCAUUGUGAAUGCUCAGAUGAAACUCAAGGUAGUUUCUUAUUGUUGAAUAUUGAAUUGACUUAUAGCAAAUAAUUAAAUAACUCUUACAAUUAUUAUUUCUUCCUCUUUAUGAUAUACCUGCUAUAUAUUCCAUUGUUAAUUAUUUGUUUAGAUUAGUCAUUUAACUUUUCAAAGUAUGUACCUAUGUAUUAUUUUGCAGUGCAAUUAUUUACGAAAAUUUGGAUUUUAUACUUCCAAACUUUGUUCUAUCUAAUUAUAAAGAAUGGGAUAAACAUAAUUUUUACUGUCUAGUCAUGUUUUCGAUACAUUGUAAAUGGAGUAAACUUUGCCGUAUUUCAAUCAGAAGGACAGUGUUUUCUGGAUCCUCGCUUAUCCCAAAGACUUAAAUGGCCUAAGUAUUUUAUUUUGAAUAGAAUUGAACAUUUUAAUUGAGGAUUCAGUAAAGGUAAAUUUUUAGAGGAAUCUAAUACCGCCUUAAAACUCUUUUUGACAUCACUGUGAUUUUUCUUGUAUAGUUCCAGUUAUUUACUUAAUUCCACCACUAGGAAGUUGACAGUUUGAAGACUUUAAUGCACAUGGUUCAUCGACAUUCCAGUAUUGUAAUUUAUUAUUGUACAUAGCUAUUAUUUAAUUUGGAUUUCUUGAAUAGUUUAACAUUCUAAGAGGUUUCUUAGCAGAAACCUUGAUAGCCUCGAAAGCAUUCCAACUCAAAAUUUUAUAAUGUAGUGAAGUUUAGCAAUUCUCUUGGUGUAACUGUCAAUUAAGAUGAAUAUUGAAAGAAAAUAACUUGUAUGUAACACUUGUAUUGUUAAAAACUUUGAAUAUAUAUCUAAGAACUCGCUGCCAGGCAAUGAAUUUUUUCUUGAGUAAUUUGAAUUUCAUACACAGUAUAUCUUCAUUAGAUUUUUCAAAAUUGACAUAAGAGUUGGAAGAAAAAGUUGAAAAAUCAUAUCAAACUUCAAUUGGAAAUUAUUAUAUUUGUGAUUAUAAUUGCUGCUUUAGACCAGUUGUUACAGAGACUUUUGAGUAGAUUUACUCUAUUUAUGUGUGUUCAUAAUUAUUCAAUGCUUUCUACUAUUAUUUAAUUAUUUAGAGCUUUUAAUAAUGUUGCUGAAUAUAUAUUAUAAUAUGAAACUCAUUGUAGAAUAAAGUGUAGUGAUUAUUUGAA